AUGAUGGUGCGCAACAACUCCUUCUUUGCCAAGAAGACGUGUGCUGCUUCUGCACCAGUAGCAGCAGCAACCGCAGACGUGGGAGUUGUGCCGCUCCGCACGCACGCCCUCACGGCACAAAGGCCGCCGCAGCAGCCACCCGCUCAGCGUGCCGCACCCGCACCCGCAGCAGCAGCAGCAGCGGCGACAGCGCAGUCAAUCAAGGUGCGCCUGUCUCGACGACGAGACAGUGCGGAGGCGCGGGCGAGCGUGCUAGCCACGGCGCGGCACCGCCGCCUGCUGCCACUGACCGGCGCAAGCGUAGUAGAGCACGAAGUGGAGAAGGACAGCGCUGCCGCGUCGGCCGUGCGUUUGGCGAGUGGAUCGGCGUUAGGGCGGUCUGUCUCGCUCUCGUCUGAGCUGCAAGUGAGCGUGGACAGCUCUGCGCCUGCGCUAGGGAGUUUGCUGUGCAGGGGGCGCAGUUCUCGCUCCUCUUCCCGGGCUCCGGCAAUGCUGUCGGCGCCGCUGCCCGUCAACGCGACUGUCGCCGUAGUUUCCGUCCUUGAGCAUGAGACUGCUACUGGAACGCUUGUGCGCGCUGCUAGGUCGCACUCUAGUGGCAGUCAGCUGAGCGACAACGCUUCGCCGCUGAGUGAGGGCGAAGCCACCGUAGGUUCACUGACGAGUCUCCAGCAGCGGCUGUGGGAUUGGACGGGGGGCACGACCACGUGCGUGACCUCCACCACAGGACCCAGUCUCGGCGUGUCUGAGCCUCACCGAGGACAAGGGCGGCAAAGGUGCUUAAAACCGACGUCGUGCGUACCCACUGCACCGCUUGCUGCGAGCGCCGCAGCGUCUCCAGACAGCACCAAAGUGAGGGCGGCGGCGCAGUGGAAGCGGGUGCUUGACAGCGAGCGCAUUCGUGGUGAGCGGGGUAAGCGUCUGGCGCACUUCUUAAUUCAGCGCCUGCUCGGCACCGUGGCAACCACGGGGCCUUUCGGCGGCGUGUUUGGCGGCUUGGAGCACUUCAUCCCAGACAUGUGCGAUGACGAAGUCGUCAGCGUCGUCAGCGGGGGCCAUCUCCGCCCCCUCUGCGAGCGCGCGGUGGUGGCGACGUACCUCCUCAGCUCCCUCGUCGACGGUCUCCCGCGGCACCAGCAGAGUCUCAGUCCGUACAUCCACAUGCUCAUCGAGUUCACGCUCGUGUCCGACACGCCGACCAACCGCGCCAUUCUGGGCGGCAGCGUGCAAGACGAGGAACUCCUCUACGCCCUCGAGCUGGACCGAAAGGACGGCGGGGAUGGUGGUGGCAGAGAGACGGUGGCUGCCGCCUCCGGGUUGCCACCUGCCGUGACGGGACAUGAGUCGACCUCGUGGCUGUGCGGCGAGGUGCACCGCGGCAACCGCUUACCUUGCCACAUCGAUGACGGCCUCAGCAAUGCCACCGAUCUGUACGAACUGCUGCACCCGAGAUUCACACGAAUGACGUACGUUGCCGCGCACUACAACGCCGCACGAACGACCGUGGAGCUCGCCCACGAGGUGCGGUCUCUCGAGCUGCAUCAGCGCAGCGUACCACGUCUGAUCGAGUGCACGCACCGGCACUGGAUGCGGUGCCUCAUGCGCGCGGUGCUGCGCGCGUGGAAGCGCUUGUGCCACGAGAGAAAGGUGCAGGAACAGCGUCAGCGCGCCCGCUGGGCGGAGCGUUGGACGUGCGAGUGGGUGCGUAUUGCCCUGCGACGCUGGCGUGGAUACGGGGCACUGACGCUGCAGAUUGCCGAGGCCGACAGUUUGGCAAAGGCCCUCCUGGCGAAGAAGCGCGCCGACAUUGAGCGGCUGGAGAACGAGUCUGCAUCGAUGCAGGCCUCCUGCGCAGUCCUUCAGAACACCCUGCACCGCCAAGAUGAAGAGCGCGACGCUGUCGAGGGGAUCACUGUGCAGCGGGAGCAGGUGUACAAGAAUCUGCUGCAACACGUCCGCGAGAUCGACCGUGUUGGAUCGCUCAUGCUGCGCUCGCUGCUGCUGCCUGACGCCCCGCCAGUUCUGGACGAGGCGGACGCCUUGAAAAGCCUCUCUGCGGCGGUGAACGCCCUCUCUGGCGGUGGUGACCGAAGCUCCCCUGCACCGUCGCUCAACGCGUCGCAGGCUAAUCUGGGCUGCUCUGCAGCGUCAUCGUGCCUAUCAACGGCAAGCGACGAGUCGGUGGCCCGGCAUCCGCCGCACACGCUAGUAGCACUGCCGACGCUGCUGCAGUGGGCCCAGGCAUGCGUCGAUACGGUGCAGACCGAGUACGUCUCCUUCUUCCCUGACGACGAAGAUGACGACGACGACGAUGUUUCCGAGGUGACGGGCGAAGGCAGCGCCAAAGACGUCACCGCGGGUCAGAGGCCCGAGGAGGCAAAGGAUGUGGUGCGGGAAAACGUCGGUCUCCGCGACAAGCGCAUCGCUUCUGCAUCGCCACGCCUGCAGGCCAAGGGUGGCAGCGACACGCUGGAUGCAUCCUCUACGAGCAAGAUGCCAGUGUCGCGCGCGACUUCUACAGAUAGGGCGAGCAACGCGAGUAAGAAGGAAGUUACGCGCGGCCCCUUCACCGGUCUCGAGAUGCUACUCAACCCUGCCGCCGCAGGGGUGUCGGCGUCGACGACGAGAUCGAUCGCAGCAUCUGACACUGUUCUGGUGCCGCUGCACAUGAUUCUCUUGCUAAUGCGGGGCUGCUGCGGGGUACAGGAUGAAUCAAGGGGGGCUGGCCACGACAGGCAUGACGCUCUCGCCACAACGACAACGACGUCGGUGACGAUCACCGGCGCAGCCGACGCGUCGCUGACCGACCAUGGCAGUGCUGCCACUGCCACGGUCCCCUCGUGGGAUCUCGUGCGCACCAUCGAGCUUGCCGACAGAGUCAUCCUGGACGAGUGCCAUACGCUGCUCCGCAAAGCGGAGCAGCUGGCGGACAUCGACGGUGGCGGCGGUAGUGCAGCAGUAGCAGGUGCCGCGCAUGCAGAGCGCCGGCCGCCGGCCCCGUCGAACUCUGAAGAGGCUAGCAGCGGUCUGGUCAGUGUGUCCGCCUAUGGCGUCUCCAUGCACGGUCUCUCCUCCACCACACGAGAAAACCUGCAGCAGGUGUGCCGCGUUGUUGUUGACACGUAUGAGCAGCUCACCGGCACUGCGUGCAUUGUCACGGUCGAUCAGCUAUUCGAGAGGUCGCGCGGCACGCUGCUGGUGCUGAUAGCGGCUCUGAUGCGCUACUAUACGAACUGGUCCACGCGCCACAGGCAGCAAAUCGCGCCUGUGUCCAUCAAAGGCAAGCGGACCGAUCUCCCCGCCUCGACGGCCGCCGCGCAUGAAGGGAAGAGGCACAGGCUGAACGAUGAGUGGUCGCACCCACCACACAGCCACCGUGGCUGGCUGGAACAAGUUCGGCGCCAAGCACAGUGGAUCGCCCUGUCCUUUAGUGCUCUGCACAAUGCCGUUCGCUUCGCCAAACACUCGGUCAACGUCCUCAGCAUUAUCGAGCAAGAGCGCGUCGCGAGGCUGCUCCAGCGGAUCUCGCUGACAGAGUUCAUUGACAUCCUGUGCCGGUCGCCAGACCAAACAAUGCAGAGCUAUGUGGGCAUCAUCGGCGUCGUCGAGCGGUACGCACCGUCGCUGGACCUUGUCUUCCAUCAGUACGCCGUCCCCCUGGCGCAGUUGUGUGCCAGCAGCGAAGCGGCCAGCACCCCCACUCAAUGCGGCGACGCCAAAGACGACGGCGACGCAUACAUCACAGGCAACACCGUAUGGAGUCUUCUGUGCCUCACUUGUCUUGCCGGCAAGGUGCCGCGCUUGUCUGGAGCGUCCUCGAAAGGAGGAGUGUCAUUGCCGUCGCUAAGGCUGGCCAUCCCAUCCCCGCCGCUUCCCGCAACGCUGCACCGUCCAGCGGUGUUCAGCCUCAUCGAGUAUGUGGCACAACGUAGUGUCACGUCCGCCGGAACGCAGAGGCCGCGCGCGUCAAUGCGGAGCUUCAGUGAGGACACUGCCUCAUUUCCAACAUCAAGCUCCCUUGCUAGCUCGCCAAAAAAAACAAUGUUGCCGCCGCGCACGAAGUUCGCACGUGCGGUGUCGGUGAGCCGCAAGGGUCGUCCCAUCCCCUGCUACGCCCGAGCACUGCGCGAUGACCGCCACGUCGACCUGCGCCCCGACACCGGGGCCGUGUGCGUCAACUACGUGCAGUUCGUGAAGCUCGUCAUUCGUCUUGCCCAUGCAUGGCAGUGCCAGCAGCAGCAGCAGCCGCUGAUAGCAAAAGAAAAGGCGCUGCAUCGUGCGGAGGCGGGCGAGGAGGGCGGUCAGCGUGCCACCAGAAGUCUCAUGGACAUGUCAAGCAGUUCCCCACUCACCGGCGCGGCUGCAUCCGCCCGCAGCAGCCUCACAUCCUUCACCGUCGACAACGGCGGCUAUAGCGACCAGGUCCGCUACGAAGCCAUCGACUACGCGAGCCCGCUCUGCCCCUCGUACUUCGAUACAUUCUUGGGCGGGCUACUGCUGCCACGCCUGCUAGGCGCGAACCGCUGGAUCGGCGCGGUGCAGCGCGCCUUCUGGCGCAAGCCAGUCCUCGAGCUGCUCGCACAGAAUCACGACGCGCUGCUGACGGUGUUCAACACGUAUCAGCAACCAUGCGAAAGCCGAGGCGUUCGUGCGGCACUGCCGCCUCCGUUCUCGGCCAUACUGGCCUCACAAGUCGUUACGAAAGCCGUCGACACUGAGCAGCACUCGACGACCUCGCUGGUAGCCGACGGCGGACACGGGCUGAACCACGUGGAGUACCCCUCCUUGGUCCACGCCACAAGGGCCAACAGCCAAAUCGGCGGCACGGCCACGGGAACGUGGCCGACGGGGAGGAAGGGGUCUGCCGAGCUGCCCAUCAAACCAGACCCCAACCAUCGAAAGCCCCCCAGCAGCCGGUCGCAUCCCGGAUCUGUUUUCGGCGCGCGUGACGUGGGCAUUGUGAGCGUGCUGCGCUGGAAGAAUGUGCAAGACAUGGCAAAGGACCUCGAGUGGCACCGCGAGGCGCGCCUGACGGAGACUGGGUUACGGCAUUGCUUCAACCAUGUCGUGGCCGACAGCGCGCGUGAGGGCGACGUGCUGUUCUUUGCCGAGUUCCUUCAGCUACUCUGCGCCAUCGCCGCCUACGCCGCACCGGACCCGACAGUGCCGCUUGAGGUGAAGCUCCAUUCGUUCCUCGAAAUCCGCGUGCUGACUCUGCUAGAGUAA